GCCGCCAUGGCCGCGGUGCCGGUGCGGGGCCGGCGUGCGGCGCUCGGGCCGGGGGCAGCCGGGGAGCCGGAAUGUAAGCGGGUGUGCAGGCUGCUGGACACCAUUCCAGGGGAGGCUGCUGCCCAGCUGGUGGACUGUGCCAUGGACCUGGAUUCCAGGCAGAAACUCCUCCCUGGCUCUGCUCCCUGGGCUGCAAAGACAAAGCAGAAUUCCAUGGUUUUGGAAAACCAUGGCAGCAAAGGCAUUUCCCAGCCGUGCCCGAGAUGUGUUGCUGGAGAAUCUGGCCACUUCAGUCACAUCCUGGGCUUCUAGAAAAGGAGAGGAGCAGCUCUGAUUUCCUGCUGGGAUCCCCAGGAUGCAGCUGCUCCUGGGUCCUGCCCUGCCUCAGCACCCCACCCUGGGCACCGUUCCCUGCAACUUCACACCUGCCCAAAACGCUUCUGCUCCUCAGGGAGCUCAGAAUUUGUCCAAAAAGGACAAGGAAAGGCUGGUUUCAUGUUUAGGUAACUCAGAAUUUGUUUUAAAAGGACAAAAAAUGGCUGAUUUCAUAUUUAGCUCAAAAUUUGUCUAAAAAGGACAAGGAAAGGCUGGUUUCAUGUUUAGGUAGUUCAGAAUUUGUCCAUAAAGGACAAGGAAAGGCUGGUUUCAUGUUUAGGUAACUCAGAAUUCAUUUUAAAAGGACAAAAAAAGGCAGAUUUGAUGUUUAGCUCAGAAUUUGUUCAUAAAGGACAAGGAAAGGCAGAUGUCAUGUUUAGGUAGUUCAGAAUUUGUUUUAAAAGGAAAAGGCAGAUUUCAUGUUUAGCUCAGAAUUUGUCCAUAAAGGAAAAGGCAGAUUUCAUAGUUAGCUCAGAAUUUGUUUUAAAAGAACAAGAAAAUGCAGAUUUUAUGUUUAGGUAACUCAGAAUUUGUUUAAAAAGGACAAGAAAAGGCAGAUUUCAGGUUUAGCUCAGAAUUUGUUUAAAAAGGACAAGAAAAGGCAGAUUUCAGGUUUAGCUCAGAAUUUGUUUAAAAAGGACAAGAAAAGGCAGAUUUCAGGUUUAGCUCAGAAUUUGUUUAAAAAGGACAAGAAAAGGCAGAUUUCAUGUUUAGCUUAGAAUUUGUCCAUAAAGGAAAAGAAAAGGCAGAUUUCAUGUUUAGGUAGUUCAGAAUUUGUCCGUAAAGGACAAGGAAAGGCAGAUUUCAUGUUUUAGAUUGAUUAAGUUGAGCUGGCCCUGGGCCCAGGCUUCACCUGGGACUGGGCCAGAGCUGGUGUUGAUUCCAAAGGUUUUCCCAACAGCCCUGACCCCGUUGGAAAAUGCUCCUUUGGAAAAUCCUCCUUGUGCAGGGCCACAGGCAGAAAUGGGAGCACACAAAUUUUAGUUUUUAAGUGGCUUUGCAGCUGUGGAGUCCAGGAAAAAUCCCAUUGAAGCUUACCUUUAAAUCCAAAAAAAAUCUGUUUAAAAAGGCUUGACCUCAUCACCCAGCAGGCUUUUAUUGGCACAAAUCUAAGGACAGGUUAAUUAACCUCUGAAAGGUUAAUUUUGGGGGUUAUCAGGCUGCAAAAUCCUCAGGCAAAGGCUUUUUUCAGUCCUUGAAUCCUUCCCAUGUUGUGUGUGGAGUUGGAUCAGCACUGAGUUGAGAUAUUCUCAUUAAAUAAAUGAAUAUCACAUAAAUACUGAGUUUAAUUAAGUUAUACAUGAGGAAGUAAAUCUAAAAGCAGACCUGCACUUAAUUGGCAUUCAGAUUUUGGUUAAAAAAAAGUUUCCUCUAACCUAAUAAAAAUUUUAGUUAAAUUAAGAAUAAAUACUUUCAAGUUAGUAUUUACAUACUUGAUACCAAGAUCUGGGGUGUCAGAAUUUGUGGGGAAUUCAUUUUUACAUCCCCAUGCCUUUUAAAAAUCCUGGUAAUCAAAGCAGUAUUUAAAAAAACAAGGUGGAUAAAGAGCAGUUUCUGUGCUGCAGAAGCUGAAUUAUCUGAUUAAAUGUACAGGGCUAAAAGGGUUUAGUCCCUGCAGAAUCACUCAAAACCUCAAGUGUGACAAAUAAUGAUUAGGACUGGUCAGAAAUUGGUCAAAUUUUGUCAAAAUUUCAGGUGUUCAAAGGGGGGAAUACCAAAACUGGACUCGGAGUCUGUGAUGGAAGAGUUUUCUGCCAGAAUGCAUCAGGCAAAAGUAUGGGCUCAAGUUUAAAACACAGGGAAAACAUGGAUUAUCAAAGCAAAAAGUGGGUUUUCCUUAAAUAACUCCCAUUUUAUUGUGUUCAAGAGUUCACAGAUACCUGUGUCAGCAUUUCCUCUGUUUGCUUUAAACGUGGAUCUGGGGUAAAACCAAGAACCAGCUGGUUCUUUUCUGGUUUUCCUUCUGCUCUUGGCGGGGUUUGUGGCAAGAAUUUAAAAUCCUUUUAAAUUCUCCUGCUUUUCCAGCAUUUGUUUGAAAUGUCAUGGUGAAUGCUAGGGCUGGCUGCAGCAGGAUUUUAAUGGGAUUUUUGGGAACUUUUAUUUUCUAACCAAAAUACGGAUGCAUAUUUAGUGCAGGUGUGCUUUUAGAUUUUAUUUCCUCACGUGUUGCUUGAGUAACUCAGCAUUUGUGUGCUGCUGAUUUAUUUCAUGAGGAUUUCCCACUGUCCCUGGGCAGGGAGCAGGGGUUUCUGUGCAUUUCAUUCAAGGCAUUGCUGAGGAAAGCAGGAAGCCCUGAUGCUGCUUUAGGUUCGGGGUGAGCAGGGAUGUCCUUCCCCUGUCCCACGUGCCCUGUGCAGGCUGGGCUGGCAGGGACAUGGGGAAUUCCAGCUGUUCCCUUGAGGGCACUGAUCCCAAACAGGGCUCUCUGUGCUGGGCUUUCUGCAGGAGCACAGAGGGGAAAGCAGAGCAAUCACUUCUGAUGUUUAAAUCAAUAAAUACAACAUAUUCUCCUCCUAACGCCAUCAGUGCUGGGAGUGAGCCCCAAACAGGGCAGCAGGCAGUGGAAAGGAGUCUGCCCUCAUUUCCAGCUGUCCCAAUCCCACUUCCCUGCAGGAUUCCAGCCUGCUUUGGGCUGGAAAGGACCUCAAAGCCCAUCCAGCUCCACCUGGGACACCUUCCCCUGUCCCAGGUGCUCCCAGCCCCAUCCAGCCUGGCACUGCCAGGGAUGCAGGGGCAGCCCCAGGUGCUCUGUGCCCCUUGUGCCACGGCUGCCCAGCCUGGGGCUGCAGAGAUUCACAUUUCAGCUCGUUCUGGGGGAACUGUGCCCACCGGGAACCCCUGGAGCUGCUCCCUGGGGCUCUCAUCCAGGUGUUCCCAGGGCAGGGCAGUGCUGCCCUGACUCCUCCCGAGCUCUCCUCUGAAUAAAACCACCUCUAACUCCUCUCAGACCCCUGUUUUUCUCCCCACAUUGGAAGGCAGAAGCGCCUGGAUCAAUUCCAGAGUGAACCUUUCCUCUCACAUGUGAUUCCUUGCUCCAUGUUUUCCAACAGGGCAAGGAGUGUUGUUUUUUUAAAAUCAGUCAGCAAAUUGGAGUUUAAUUGUCUGCUCCACUGAAGGCUUUUAAUAGUGAUAUUUUUUUAAAUAGAUGUGUUUGUAAUUUAUUUUGGGAUUUUCCAGGAUCAUUAAGCUGGCACAGGCUGGGGCAGUGAAUAUUCCAUUAAAGCAGAUUUGUGUCAAAUCUGCAGUGGAACCACAGAGUUAUUUUUGUGUGCCUUGUAGAACUCUGAAAUUUUGUUUUCUUGAUGAGAAAAAAUAUACAUUUUCUAUUUCCUGCUGCUGUGGUUUGUACACAGAAUAACCAGUGAUGCUUAUUUACCUGUAUAUAGAGAGAAAGGCCCCUGGCCUGUUUUUAAUUCAGGUUUAAAGGAUCUAAUUCUUAUUUUUAACUUUGUAUUUUGUAAACUGUUCCUUGCAAAAACAGAAGCAUUAAACACCACUUUGGCUGCA